AGGGCCACGUCACUUUUCCCCUUCCCUGCUCAGUCCAGCUCUCCUCCCAAACAGAGCAGCGCCGGAGGGGAGGAAGCAGAAUCGAGAAGGGGCAAUGGCGGAAUCCAACUCGUACGAGGAGCAGCGCCGGAGGCAGAUGGAGGAGAACCGCCGGAAGCUGGAGGAGCUCCGCCUGCACCAUCUCUCCGCCGCCGUCCGCGAGGCCGCCGCCAGGCCCAAGCCCAACCCCAAGCCCAGGCCGAAGCGCAAGGCCCCGGAGCCCGGCGAGAUCCGGCGGUCCGGCCGCGUCGCCGGCCUCCCGGAGCAGCCCAGCUACCUCGAGGGCGCAGGGCAGCGCGACUACCGUGGAGUGUACGAGGCAUACGCUGUUUGGAAAGGACCGACCGAGGAGGAGAGAGCCGGCGCCAUCGCCAAGGCGGAGGAGCUCCAGCGCCGGAUCCACCGCAUCCGCUGCCCCGCCUUCGUCAAGCCCAUGACCCACAACUGCGCCAGCAAGGCAGCCGAGAUGAAAAUCCCCAAGCACUUCAGUGAAUAUCUCCCGGCGCACGAUGAGGGAGUCGUCUUGGUGGACAAGGCGGAUGACGAGUUCCACAUGAUGUACAAUGCCCACAGACAGGGCAGACACUACUAUUUCCACAAGGGGUGGAGAGGAUUUGCCGCCAACCAUGACCUUGCCGUUGGCGAUUGCUUGGUUUUCCACAUGACAGAGAGGGCAAAGUUCAAGGUCUACAUUUUUAGAGCAAACCCAGACUAUGAAAGCGACCAAACUUCUGAUGACUCUGAGGAUGAAGAGUAAUAAAGAUGUGUGCUUCCAAUACAAUGUUCGAUCGGAGCAGUUUCUAGGAGAAGGAUGUCACGCUCUUGGCUGAUGUUGGAGUUGGCUACCGCGAUUUUGUGUUGGUUGCGUGUCGCAUACUCGGACCCUACCAGUGUGGCAGACCUGCAUUAUAACAUAGGUUAGAUGGGAUUAGUAGGUAGUGCAGACCUUGUGUUGGUUGAACUAAAUGGUUGUAGUCUGACGAUGGUCUCGAGUGCAUUCUUUCGUGGCUGUUCC